AUGCUGGUUGAAGAAGAGUAUUCAUGCUCCGAUGAUGCUUUGGAAGGAGAAGAACAUGAUGAAGACAUGGAUAUAAUGCCAGAGGCUUAUCGACAACAAGUUAUCUUGUACCGAAACUUCGGGACCAUAAGUACGCGUCCUAGCAUUACCAAACAAAAAUCUCGUAGACGCCGCUGGACUCAGCGGGAUAUGACUAAUGCUUACAACGCGGUGAAGUACCAGGGUAUGUCUCUUCGUGGUGCUGCAACUGCCUUCAAUGUUCCUGAAUCGACUCUUCGUGACCGAGUACAUGGGCGCGUCAGCCUUGAGUGUUCGCGACCGGGCCCACCUACGUUCUUCACUUUUGAAGAGGAGAAAAAAAUGGUUGAUCACAUUCUGUUUAUGAGCAAAAUUGGAUAUCCAUACACACGAAACCAGGUACACCUUUGGCCCGUGUUUUAUUUUCCCAUUAUUGUCCUUGAAAUUUAA